AGACUUUCUGCAUUUUGCAAACUGAUAAUACACUUCUGUCCUAUCAACACAGUCUUUGGAGAGUUUUGAGGUGCCAUUUGCAUCAAGGCAGGGUAUUCUUUGAUAGCCUGGGCCCUGGGAUCUUCCUUUGAUUCAGCUGCAAUAUAUCAUUGCUCCAGCUGCUACUAGCUAGCUCGGAGCACAACAGUACAAGAUGGAGGCAACUUUAAGACCAAGGACUGCCGCCCCAGACAUUCCCGUUAAGCAUUCACAGAGACUAGAGAUAGAGGCUUCUCUUUUAAAAGCAGGACUGCCGCUGGAAGGACUUUUAACUGCCACGGGCAAUGAGAAGCUGAUAAAAUCAGCAGUGAGAUUUGAUGAUGCCAAAGAACUAGCUGCAAAAGAAUCCUUCAAGAAGCAAAAACAAGCCUGGGACUCACCGCCUGACACACCCAGGUUCCCUCUUGUAGGAACGUCUCCUAGCAAAUCACAGAGGGCUGGAAUGAAAAAGAUACAGGACUUUCUUUAUCCUGACCACUUGAGAGAGCUGAGACGAAGAUUUGAGAAUGCUCCUCGCUUCAUGAAGAACAAAUUAGAUUUGGACAAUUUUAUUGAAUUCUUUCGUAGUCUCCCUGAAAUGAAAGGGAGGAGUGAUUUGGAGAUCAAAUAUUUCUUUGAUAAGAUUGAUUGUUACUCUGAAGGAAAGAUUGAUUGGGAUGAAUUCUGUACAUACAUGUACCUUGAACUCUAUGAAAGAGAAGAUGCAAAGAGCAAAGCAAAAGAAGUGGUGUUCUCUCUGCCAGCUGUCCCGUUGCCAGGGCCUCAUAAAGACUCUCUCUGUGCCAUCACUCACUUACAAGAUGGAUCAAUGGUCUCCUGCAGUCAGGACGGGGUGGUGUGUUUCUGGACGCAUGAUUUAAAACCUAAAAGAAUUAGGAAGACUGAAGCAGGAGUACUGGGUAAACCAAAGUGGAUCUGUGAUAUGACCAUAGCUUCAUCUCAAGGGAAAGUUAUACUAGCCACAGGUGAUAAUGAGAUACAGUUUCUUGAAAUGGUCAACUUUGAGCCUUACUGCCAGAUCAGUAACCUUGACAACACUCCACUGAAAAUAGACUUCUGGAGCAACCCUGAAGACAGCAGUGAAUGUCUGCUUCUUGUUGGAGAUGAUCAAGGAUGCAUUACUAUUGUCUCAAUAUCAAAUAUGUAUGAGACAUUCAAGAUAAUGAAAGCUGGUCCUAAGAAGCAGGGAGUCCCUACAUUCCCUAUUGAAGGGUUUCUACGAGGAGAGGCUUCCAAUGGGGUACAUGUUUAUAGAUGGAGUCUUCAUUCCAGCUGGGUUACUAACGUCCGUUACAUUGGAAAGUUGAGAGCCUUCGUCUCAACAUCAAACGACUCAAACACCAGCCUAGUGAUGGGUACCCCUGCUGGUAGUACCCCAGUGGAUGCUAUACUGUAUGGUCACCAGAGGUCAAGGAAGUCAACAGCUGCAAGGGUAGGGGCCAGGGUUUCAUCAGCUGGGGGAGCACUGCUACUGAAAGCACAUCAGAAUAUACCAGCAAAGAAGAGAUUACCAGGAGAUCAGAGAAUAUUCAGCAUCAGUAAAGGAGUAAUGGCCUUUGACUAUUGUGAACUGAACAACAUACUAGUCACUGGAGGAAUGGACCAAGUCAUCUACUUAUGGAACCCGUACAUAUCAGAGAGAGCCAUUGGUGUGCUGUAUGGUCAGGGGUCUCCGGUGUUCUCUCUUAAAAUUGACUCAUCCACUAACAGAAUAUGUAGCAUCAGCAAUGACAACACUCUCAAGAUGUGGGACCUAGUUGAACAGACCUGUCUCGCCACCGUCACCUCUGUGGUUCAUAAGGUGUACUCCACCGUGGAAGCUCUUCAUUUCAAUCCAUUGAGACAGUAUGUGGUGAUAGGGACAGAUCAGCUCCAUAUAUUGAACCUGGCAGUGAUGGGAGGUAUCCCUAAACUGGAUACAAUACAGACACACAGACUACCAGUAUCCUGUCUCUCUUACUCUUAUGCUUUUGGGCUUGUGAUCACUGCAUGUGAUGAAUCAGUUGUGAAGGUCUGGGAUAUAAUGAGUGGUGAGUGUGUUUUUGAGUUUGCAUCAGUUCAUGGCACAUCUCCAAUCACUGCCAUCGACACUGACCAAUCAGGAAGGAGACUAGUCACAGCUGCUCAAAAUGGCGAAAUAAAAAUUUGGAAUUUUAAUAACGGACACUGCCUCCUGUCACUGGAUAAAGGCAACGACUGUGAAAUAACAGCUGUUAAAUUCGUAUCAGUAAACCAACUAAAAUAUGUUGUAGCUGUUGGAUGGGACAGAACAAUUAAUGCAUUUUUUGACAGUUCUGAACCAGGUGAUGUACACUCUUCAGCUUUACCCAUUGAGAGAUGGAAGGAAUCCUCCUCGUGUGGUCACAGAGAGGACAUUACCAGUAUUGCUUUGUGUUAUCCAACUACACUGGCCACUGCUAGUUUUGAUGGAGAGAUAAUCCUUUGGAACAUGAUAUCUGGCCAGCUCAUACAAAGAUUAAAAUCAAAACUUGAACAUUUAAAAGGAACAUCAGUCGAAGAAGGAGAUUGCGUUAUACACAAACUGUUGUUCCUUGAGUCAAGAAAGAGAUGGAGAAAUGCUGCAUCACUUGUAGCCAGUGGACCAAAGGGGUAUGUGUACUUUUGGAAUAUUCACGAACCCAUGAAACCAGCUGGUCACUUUCAAGCCUCUCAGUUCAAGUGUUUGACUGAUAUGAGUGUUGAUUCCGCUAACACGAUUUUGAUCACUGCUGAUAUUGAAGGAUUCUUAUCACAAUGGGACAUCAGUGGCUUUUGUGUUGACGAAAAGAAUAAAAACGCAAAAUGUAUUAGGAAGUGGAGGGGACAUGCCGAUACUAUAAAUAGCAUAUCGAUAAUUGAAGAAUGGAGCCUUUACAUCACAGCAUCUAAUGAUUGCUCAGUGAGAGUCUGGACUCAUGAGGGACACUACGUCGGUACAUUAGGACAAAAGGCUCCAUGGGACAUUACGAACACAGACACUUACCAGUAUCCAUUGUCACCUAAAGAUGUCCUUUUGGACCCAUUCAUCCCAACCCUCUCUCAAAUGGAGGAUGAUAAAUAUGAUGAGCUAGGAGGAGGAGGAGGAGGGGAGGGGAGGAAAGCAAUGAUAUCUGAUCUGGAAUCUGAUUCUGCAGAGGAAGAGGACAAGGAAAUAUUUGCAAGAUAUGGGCUGAGUUUUGAUGUACCAAGAGCAAACUCACCUGAUGUUGAAGGGAAAAGGUUGAGACAUUUAAGAUCCAAUUCCGCCAAAUCCUCAACUGGUUACAAACCCCCAGCUGGUUCAUAUGCUUCACUUCUGUAUCAGGAACUGGAGGCGGAACCAGAUUAUACUAGAACUGGAACCAAACAGACAACAAUUAGAUACAAGAAGAAAUACUAACAAUACACAUACAUGUACUUGUUAGACAUUCUUUUAAUACUAUGAUAUAUAAUUAUUAUCAUUGUUUGGCAGUUUUACAGUUAACACAGACCUGUCACACCAUCAAAGAUUCAUUUUAAAUAUACUUUUUGUGCAAGAGUUUUUUGUCAAUUUCUUGUUCUAUAUAUAGUAACGAAUCA